UUCUAUUUUCCAAUUCCUUCAUCUUCUCUUGGUCUACUCUCGGUCGUCGUAGUCAUCAUCAUCAUCCCCACCCACUGAACUCGAGAAUUCUCUCUGAAUCAAUCAAUAAUCAUGGUGGAAGAAAAGAAACCAAUCAAAGACGAACUGUCUCUCCUCAUCUUACACGCCGACCGAGUCAUCAAAUCUGCACAAUUUGCCGAAUCAUCAAAAUCAGAAUGUAUUGAGCUCGCCAAACAAGCCGACCAUCUUUCCAACAAGCUCCGUUCUGCUCUUCACCUCGUCGCCUCUUCCCCCCUCUUCUACGACCGCCCUCUUCGCCGUGUAGCCGAAGAGAUAUCCAACACCUUACACCGUGCCUUAACUCUCGUCCGCAAGUGCCGCCAUGGAACCGGAGUUUUCUGCCAGGUAUUCUCCAUCACCACUGCCGCCGAUUUCCGUAAAGUCGAUACCUUACUUCAAUCAUCCAUCGCCGAUGUCUCAUGGGUCUUAUCAGUUUUCGAUCCAGAAGGAGAUGUUAACCUCUCUAUGCCUCCAAUCGCUACCAACGAUCCGAUUCUCGCCUGGGUUUGGUCAUAUAUCGCUUCAGCUCAUAUGGGUCAGCUUCAGGAUUGGAUCGAAUCGGCCAACAGUCUUUGCUCGUUAGCUGUCGACAAUGAUCGGAACAAAAAGAUUAUUAUCGAAGAAGGGGGUGUUCCUCCUUUGCUAAAGCUUCUAAAAGACGGAUCUUCACCUGAAGGUCAAAUUGCUGCCUCCACUGCGCUUAGAAAUUUGGGGAAUGAUCCCGAAAGGGUUCGAUCGAUUGCUUGUGAGCUUGCGGUUCCGAUUAUCGUCCAAGUUCUAGUUGAUUCUCCGAUGAAGGUGCAGGAAUCGGUAGCGAAUCUUGUUUCGAUAAUGGCAGAGAUGAAUGCUGAAGUAAGAGAAGAAUUAGGGAAAGAAAACGCGACGAAGCCGUUGGUAACGCUUCUGUCUAUGGAUGUAGCUAUGGAAGAAUCAAAACAUCAAACAUCAUCACAUUCAAAGCCGCCAGUUAAAACCAGCAUACACUCUAUUGUUCAGAGAAACAAGGAUUUAUCUAAAAACCCAUUCAACAGAAUCAUGAACCAAUCGAGCUCAUUGUCAUCAUCUUCUUCUUCUUCUUCUUACGAUGGAAGUAGUAGGCACAGCAGGAAGGAUAGAGAAGCCGAGUCGCCUGAGCAAAAGCUUAGACUAAAGAUCUCAUGCGCAGAGGCUCUAUGGAAGCUCUGUAAAGGAAGUGUACAAAACUGUCGCAAAAUAACCGAAGCUAAAGGCCUACUCUGUUUAGCCAAGCUUAUAAAAUCUGAACAUGGUGAACUGCAAUACAAUUGUCUAAUGACAGUAAUGGAAUUAGCUUAUGUAGCUGAAGGAAACACCGAUCUUCGAAGAUCAUUAUUCAAAUCCAACUCACCAGCAGCUAAAGCGAUCCUCGAACAGCUCCUCCUACUAGUUAAUCAAGAAACAAGCCCAGAACUGUUAAAACCGGCCAUAAAAACAAUUGGGUAUUUGGCACUGACAUUCACAGCAAAGGAAACUCGAAUCAUUGGUUGUUUGGUCCCCCAUCUGAGCCAUGGAAACACUGAGGUGGGAUCGGAAGCAACGGUUGCUCUGUGUAAAUUUGCAUCCCCUGAGAAUUACAACAGGGAGGUGCACUCGAAGGCGAUAAUCGAGGCUGGUGGUGUGGCGAAAUUGAUGAAUCUGAGAAAGAUAAAGAAUAUGGAUAAUGAGAACAUAGUUCAUGAAUUGGUUUUGUUAUGUUACUUGGCUCUAAAUGUUGGAAACAGUAAGGCACUUGAGGAGGAACGAGUCCUGAUCAUUCUUGAAGGGGCAGCUCGGUCGGUAGUGCCUCAGUAUCCGGGACUUAGGGAAUUGUUUUUUAAGGCGGUUCAUAACCUCACGCUCUAUCAAGCCGGGGAUCGAACCAAUUCACACACGAACCUUAAUCGUCAUCUUAGUUGAAUUGCACAUUGAUCUUUUCUGUUCUUGAGUUGUUAUUGUUGUAUGUUGGGGCACAAAUAAUAAUAAUAAUAAUAAUAAUAUCAGAUUUCAUUACUUUGUUUUACUUGGCCUUCACAUUUGAAUAGACUAUAAUUAUUAAUUAGUGAAUGUAAAAU